GGCUCUAAUUGGUCAGCCUCUGACAGGAUUACACGAGUUUCCUCAAUUGGACACAGUGGAGUUGAACGCCGGCGAACAGACAAGAGCACGGUCACUGUUACGAGUAGGUACGAGCUGUCAGUUGAUCAGAUGCUGGUGUUGGACGGUAGUCGACAGACCUGCUGCUUGGCCACUCAUUAAAUGCUGGAUGUGCUGUCGGCCACCGCUGCUCGCCCUGGAGCCUGCAACACCGUACACUAAUGUAGCUACUCAACGUUUCAGUGAAGCUGCCCGUCAGUUUACCAUAGUUUAGACUUCAAGUCCUCAAAAUGACUCGGAUUUUCUGGGAUACAAUUUUUCUCAUAAGCGGGUCCCUCUUUACAUUUGGAGCAGGGCCAAAUAAUUCAACAGUUAUUGAAGCUGGCAUUUCCAUUGAAACAAACCCAAGUGCUGCUCCAAGCGCCUCCACAAGCAGCCCCACGACCACCCGCAGCACAACUACUACCAACAUCCCUACAGUUAAAAGUUCCCUCUUUACAUAUGGAGGACAGACCAAUUCAACAUUUACUGAUACUGGAAUUUCCAUUGAUACAAAUUCCUCUGCUGCUCCAUACAUGUCACCAAACAGUUCUGCACCUACAAGCAGAGGAAGUGCCCCGACCACAGUGACUGUGGCUACUACAACUAACAUCCCCCCAGUUAAAAAGUUCAUGGCUGCAGCUGUUCGGUCUCAUUUUGAUGACUGUCCACGCUCCCACCGCCAUUUCUGCUUACAUGGUACAUGUCGCUUCCUAAUAUUGGAGGAGACUCCUGCAUGUGUAUGUCACCCAGGCUUUGUCGGGAUGAGGUGUGAGCAUGCAGACCUGCUGGCUGUGGUAGCAACUAAUCACAGACAACAGACUGUUGCCACAAUGCUGGUGUUGUGUGUGAGUGGAAGUGUCCUGAUCAUGGUGUUGUGUACACUUUCACAUUGUUGGUGGAGACAGGACUGUCGCAGGCGGAGUCAUGCACACCACUACGUCCCAGAGAAGGAUGGAGCUUUGCACCAUCCAUCUGAGAGCGUGGUUUGAGAAGACAUCUCGCUGGACCAUGAACUGUUUGUAUCAUGGUGCGUUUCCUUGUGUCUGACUGUGCAAACCCUCAGGACUGCAACCAAAGUGGUACUACCUGUUCUGAUCCAGCAAACCUGGCCAGAGGUGAAGCAGCAUUAUCAUCAGUGUGACUAAGGUAGGCCUGCUUGAUGUGGGACGUCAGACAUUUUUUCCACUGACUGGGACUUUUGGACUGCAGCCACCUAGGAACACAUUGGCUUUGCUCUUUUGAUUCUGUGGAAAAAUACACAGAACUGCAAGUCUGUUUGAAGCUCUGAGGAUAAAGUUGCUGCCGACGAGCUCUAGAUACACUGCUGACAGUUAACAGCUGGCCUAAAUGACUUUAGAAAGGAUCUACAGGGUCACUGAUCAUCUUUUGCGGAUAUUGAUUAGGAAAAGUGUUUAUGUUGGGCUGUGGGCCGACAAUAAUUCAUUCACUUAAGUCAGAAGAUUCCAGUUCCUAUUUUUGUCUUUUAGUAUCUUUGCGCACAUUUCAUCAGAACUCGACAAGCACAGAGGACAUUUUAUUAAAAAAUAUGGUGGUGGAAUCUGAUGCUUUAAAAACAUUUUAGUGUCUGUUUUUAAAGAAGGAACUCACUUCACCUGACAGGGGUAGGAACUGUAACUGGACUGACUGCUACUAGAUUAAAAACCCUGGAUACGCCUGGACGUCCUCUGUUAUACACAUAGGUUGCAACUUAAAAAUGUCCCAUAUGGUUUUGUUAUGAAGAAAAAAAAAAAAAAUCAGGUGUUAUUUCAAAGGAUCUGAUGACUCCAGUAUUGCUACUGAAACUAAAAUAUUUGUCAGUUUUAGUUUUUAUUCCUGAUCUGUACUUGAACAUGUUCACGCAUCAGAGGUUUUUGAUUUGCAAGCUAUAACUGUACCGACACAUGCACACCCUGGGUGGCCACACCGAUCUAUUUUACCAUUUAAAUGUUGCACUUUUCCUUAAAAAAAAUCAUCCACAUAAUGAGAUGCCAAAUACACUCGUCUUUAAAUUUGCAUGAAUGAGCACUGACGGGAAGAGGCAUCCACUUAAGCAUGUAUGCACUUAAAUCACAGCUUUUAUUUGGAGCAGGUUAUAGCAUUGUCUCUGCUUUAAAUACAUUUAAAGUGGGGAAAAAAAACUCUGAAUCUCAGAAAAAAGAUUUGAUGAAGGAAUAUAAAACUACUAUUACAAACUGACAUGGAUAUAAUUGGUGCAUGUGCUUUGUGUGAUGAGAAAAAAAUUCCAGCAUAAAAUGAAUGUGAUGAUAUUUCUAUGCCAGAAGACUGAGGGGAUGACAUGCUUGUCAUUUGUUUACAAUAUGUGACAUUUACAUUCAGAAUGUGUCUGUUUUAUUACAGCAACGGUGUGUAAAUAUGAAAAACAAAUAUUCUGUGUGUGCGUGUGUGUGCGUGUAUAGCAAUACAGAAUCAUCUGAAAAGGAGAUCCCACUGAUGAUUAACCUCUUUUCACUGUCAGAUUUAUGUUCUCACAAUUAGAAAGCCUUUAUUAUCUGAAUUUGUUUUCCAAUGAAGAAUUAUAAAUGCAAGUGUGUGUCUUUGUUUUAUUUGUUUUAAAUGAAUGUGCUUCUUAAAUGCAGCUCCA